GGUUUGAGGACUACCUCGUGCGGGUAAAGAAGAAGAGGUGGCUGGAAGCCAGCCUUGGCACUUUUGGCGGGUGGCGCGGAGAUGGGCGGCGCGCAGGAGGCGGGGCCUGGGCGAAGGACGCGGCGGCCCCGGCCGGGCAUGGGAUAAAAGGCGAAGGCGGCUGCCCGGGAGCAGCGCAGGGCGAGAUCCCCGGGGCUGCAGAGAGAGAGCAGGCGCGCGAGACCAGGCACGAUGGAGAUGUACAGCAAGGCAGAGACGCUGGAGCUGCGGAAGAAGCACAUCGGGUGAGCCAGGGGGCAAAGCCAGGGGAGCCGAGAGGGGCGGAGGGCGCAGGCAUGCAAAACUCUCGCGCGCCCCAGAAAAAAACUUCCCAACUUUCCACCCCACAUUCUGCAAUCGCUCUCAUUCUUUCUCCGGCACGAUUGUUAUUUAUUAUUAAAUUUGUAUACUGCCACUCAUCCGUAGAACUCAGCUAACAGACCCCGGCAGGUCCUCUACCUGCGCGGUAAAGGCGACUUGCAAAAGAUCUCUCUAGCGGAGAUGGCGGUUGGUGGUGGGUCUACACUCAUCCUGGCCAGAUCAAACUCUGAACCAAAUCGAAAGGGGGUGGAAAUCAACCUACCAAAACCUUCUUUGCCCUGUCCCUGCCAUCAGCAGAACUGCCACUUUCCCUGUAUAAAAAGCCUCUGACAUUAUCUUGCACUAACGUAUUUCAUAGCCCUAAAUUGUCACAUUUUCUGAAAGGAUCCGUAUUUGAUCAUUUGAAUUAUCACGAAUAUUUUCUUUUUCAUAAAUAGAAAGGAUUUAAAAGCAACACUUUUAAAUAGAAAGGAUUUAAAAGCAACACUUUCAAUGGGAAAGUCAAGCACAUGCUUUAAAAUCUCCUCUUGAAAUCCAUGGAAGUUGCAGCCUGCUUGUUUGGAGAUUUCAGUGCAAAUCUGUGCAUUUUUGCAGAUGUUCGGACCCACAGUUUGCAUAGAAUUUAAGUCUUUUAAAGCACUUAACUUUUGGUGGGUCGUAUUGCUUACCUAAUUUCUCCCCCCCCCCUUAAAAAAAGAACACUUUAAAAAGUUUUUAGCACUUUCUAGGAAGGCUUAUUUCUUUAAAAAAAUCCAAAAGUUUUUUUUAAAAAAAUAUUUCUUAGAAACAAAAAUGGGGAAAUGCUACACUUUCAGUGACACUUAGAAAUGCCCUUCCCUCCCUCUCUCUCUCUCUUUGCCACGCAAUCAGCUGAAGCCCUGCUGAUAAUGAAAAUUAUUCACUUCUCUGGGGUGUGAUACUCUGGGGUGUAAUGCUUGAAUACUGUACAAAACCCCAUCUGGCAGUCCAAAAAAUCUCCUUUGCCUCUGUGCAUAGGACAUCUGUGCCCUUAUCUAACCCCUGUAUAAAUAGUCAGAUUAACAGCCAGGAAGGUGGAUCAGUGUUUGACCUUCCAAAGGAAACUUGGACAAGUGCAGUAAAUGCACAGAGGCGCAUGUGAUGUCAGUGGCAUUAAACAAGCAUGCAAGAUUGUGUAACCAGUUGAUACACUGUACUCACAGUCCUUGCAUAACCCAAGUGGAUCCUGGGCGUUCUGCAAAGCCAAGCCUGGAAUUCUGCCCGCCAAAGAGGCGAAAAGUUCUGUGCAAACUCUGAGAGUUGUUGUCUCCCUUGGAUUAUUAUUUCAUCCUUAAUACAAUAAUAAGCUAUUUUGGCUCCAUUGGCAUACAGUAGAAGCUGGGAACCAGCUAAAGAUACAAAAGGCCAGCCAAAACAAACAAAAGGUUAGGGCUCAAUUCUUUGGGGCUGUCUUCUUGUGGUUCAUUAAAAAAACCUAGGAAGAGACUCACUCCAGGUUGCAUUGUUCUCCCCUUCUCAUGCACACUGCUUAAUGCAUGGGAGUCCCUACAGACACACUGGGAACCCCUCCCUUCCCCAUUAUCAGCCCUGCUGUGCAGACAGCUCUCUCAUGGAAGCAGCUGUAUGCACCCAAUGGAGAGUGUGGAAGAGGAAAUGGAUGGAGCCUUUUUUGUGUGGCGGGUUUGAUCCUUUCUUAAUGAAUGGUUCCCAAUUUCCCCAGUCUAUGCUGUUUGUGGUGAGGGAACAAAACCCUGUGCAUGUCCAAAAUAACUCUGUUAUUUGGAGAUUGGCUUGGUGUGUUGAGCAAUAUAUCACAUUUAAGUUAUUUUCCUUUUCACAGGUGGGAAGAGAUACCAAAUUUUCCCUAAGGCAAUUCCUGUACAGUGGUACCUCAGGUUACAUACACUUCAGGUUACAUUCGCUUCAGGUUACAGACUCCGCCAACCCAGAAAUAGUACCUCGGGUUAAGAACUUUGCUUCAGGAUGAGAACAGAAAUUGCUCUGGUGGCGUGUCAGCAGCAGCAGGAGGAGGCCCCAUUAGCUAAAGUGGUGCUUCAGGUUAAGAACAGUUUCAGGUUAAGAACGGACCUCCAGAAUGAAUUAAGUACUUAACCCGAGGUACCACUGUACUAUGAUGAGUGUUCCAUGAAGCCAGCCAUAUUUACACUUGGAAAGACAUAAUUUACUAUUUUCCCCUCACUGACUGAGUCUUUCCAGGACAAUGCUUGAGGACUCCUGAUAGACCAUAAUGAAUUUGCUGCAUUUACGUGUUUGUACAAGUGUAUGCAGUGGUCUGGAGAAGGAGCUUUUCAGCAGACCUAAACUAAAGCAAUGCUUUUGUGCUUUUCAGGCCCUCGUGCAAGGUCUUCUUUGCUAAGGACCCCAUUAAGAUUGUGUGUGCCCGUGGGCAGUAUAUGUUUGAUGAGAAUGGAGAAAAAUACUUGGACUGCAUUAACAACGUAGCACAUGGUAAGAACUAUGGCGUAAUAUAUGUUGACAGCUUUUAAAGUGCUCCCAUUCAUUUUAGGUAGAUUUGGGGUCUUUUUUCAGGUACUCUCAAAUGGGUUCAUUGACUUCUCUUCGCUUGGUCCUUUCCAGUUGGACACAGCCAUCCAGAUGUGGUCAAGGCUGCGGUGAAACAGAUGGAGUUACUCAACACCAAUUCUCGCUUCCUGCACGACAAUCUGGUCCAGUAUGCCAAGCGUCUCACUGCGACCCUCCCAGAGCCUCUCUCUGUUUGCUACUUCGUGAACUCUGGGUAUGGCUAAAGGACUUUUCAUUGCUAUUAUCUUUUGGAAACUUGUAUAAAUUAACUUCUACAUUUUAACAGCUUUGGGAGAUGAUGAGAGAACAGAGUUAACGAAUACAGUGGUGCCCCGCAAGACGAAUGCCUCGCAAGAUGGAAAACCCGCUAGACAAAAGGGUUUUCCGUUUUGGAGGUGCUUCGCAAAACAAAUUUCCUAUGGGCUUGCUUCGCAAGACGAAAAUGUCUUGCGAGUUCCUGCGGGGUUUUUUUCCUCCCCCCCCCCUUUUUCCCAAGCCGCUAAGCCGCUUAUCAGCUGAUCGCUAAGCCGCUUAUCAGCUGAUCGCUAAGCCGCUUAUCAGCUGAUCCACUAAGCCGCUUAACAGCUGAUCCGUUAAGCCGCUAAGCCGCUUAUCAGCUGAUCCGCUAAGCCGCUAAGCCGCUUAUCAGCUGAUCCGCUAAGCCCGCUAAGCCGCUAAUAGCACUAAUCCGCUAAACCGCUAAUGGGCUUGCUUCGCAAGACGAAAAACCCGCAAGACGAAGAGACUCGCGGAACGGAUUCUUUUCGUCUUGCGAGGCACCACUGUAUAGGGCUUUCUAAGGUUGUGCCCAGGUCUUCAUGUUGGCAAAAAUUCAUAUGGUCAUAGUAUUUGUUUAUCUUUUACAUUUCUAUCUCAUCUAUGCAUGCAUGUUUAUUUGCGGGACCGCCUCUCCUGGUAUGCCCCGCAGAGGACCUUAAGGUCCAUGAAUAACCAUAGUUUAGAGGUCCCGGGCCCUAAGGAAGUCAGACUAUCCUCCACCAGGGUCAGGGUCUUUUCAGUGAUGGCUCCGACCUGGUGGAAUGCUCUGUCCCAUGAGACUAGGGCCCUACAGGAUUUAACCUCCUUCCGUCGGGCCUGUAAGACAGAGCUAUUCCUCCUGGCCUUUAAUUUGAAUUCAGUCUGAUCUUUUAUUUCCCUUCUUCCCUUCCCCUCCCCUUUUAUGAAGAUUACCCGCUCUGAGACCCCACAGCUAAUUCUCCCCUGGCCUCCUCGCUGGCCCAAGUAGGACCAAUUCAGCUAGCUAGCCCUGGGGAUUAUCUAAUGUUUAUUUCCCCUAAAGUGAUUUCUAAAUUGAAUUUUAUUGUUAUUCAUGUUUUUAUACUGUAUUUUAUGCUGCUUUUACAAUUAAGUGUUUUUAAUUUGUUGUUAGCCACCCUGAGCCUGGUUUUUGAACCAGGAAGGGUGGGGUAAAAUAAAAUUAUUAUUAGUAACCUGUUCCUUUAUUAUUAUUAUUAUCAUCAUCAUCAUCAUCAUCAUCAUCAUCUUUCCCUUGUUCCUAUUUUGCAACAACCCUGUGGGGUAGGCUGAGAGACAGUGGAAAAAAAGCUUCAUGGUUGAGUUGAACCUGGGUUUUCCUAAUCCUAGUCUGAGACUCUGUACUUUCAGCAGAUAAGGGUUAUGACUCUGCAAAUGAAAUCUCUGCAGAAGAAGGUUUCACUAGAUACAAUCAGUUUUACCAGAUAUAAAACACAGGAAGAAGCUUGCUGCAAAGGACACAACAGAUUGCAGCGCGAGGGUUUCUCCAAAUGCAAAACAACCAGAUUGUGCAAUGCGGAACUGUCUCUCCCUCUCCCAGGCCUCUUUGGAUCAGUCCAAGGAAUUCCUCCCAUCAGCUCCAAUGCAUUCAGUGAGCUCCAUGCCCAGAGGGGCUCCUCAGCCAGGGAUGUUCUGUGUACACAGCGGGCCACAUCUCUUCAUAGAAUGGGAAGGCUUCACAUACAGGCAGCACCAGAUCAUGUCCACAACCUGUAUGUCCCCUCAUUUUCCUGGGCAGCCCUCAAGAUUAGCAAUGUAAACCAAAGCUGAGCUAUUCACAAGUUCAUAUUUUGUGUCCACCUGUAGAUUUUAUGAUAAUCAAGACAUGAACAAAUGUGCAGAAUUCACCUAGGUUUAGAUGUGAUCGCUAUGGGAUGCUUUAGUUGAGAUUCCUGCAUUGCAGGUGGGUUGGACUAGAUUACCCUUGUAGGUCCCUUUCAACUCUACGAUUUUAUUUCCAUGUGUGGGUCCAUGUGAAGCAACUCUUUGGCUUUCCAACCCAGAGAGAAUCCUGCCCUCAUUCAACAUUUUCACUCUGAAUCCAAUAGGUGUGCUAUUAAUCAUUUCUAGGGGAUUAGAGUUUGACAUAUGCCUGUCUGGAGUUAUUUUAUCUUUGGCUUAAAAAAGUUUAUUAUGUGGCUCUCCUGUUACAAUAGCUGCUUUCAUUGCCUUCUAAUUUUGUCCCGCAGAUCUGAAGCAAAUGAUCUCGCUUUGCGCCUGGCCCGCCAAUACAGGGGCCACCAAGACGUGAUUACACUUGACCAGUAAGUAUGCUGAUGGUAUGGAUGAGAUCAGUUCGUUGCAACAUGAUGCAGAUGGGUCAUGUGCUACUAUAAUGACUGUUCAGUCUGUAGCCAAGCACCCAGAGCCCCAUACAUGAAGAUUCUGCAUGCAUGGAGCUUCCGUGAUCACAGUUAGUUUCUCAUUCACCUCAGAUGAGGUCACUGAUCUGCACACAGUGAUCUGUAAAUAAAUGUAUCCAUUAACUUCAUCAAGACUUCUUCAUUUUGACUCAAACCUCUGUUUUGACUCAUCCGUUUCUGUGAGGAAGAGGUUGCCUCUGCAUAGUUGUAUGUCAUAGAGGGAAACGGUCUACUAAUUCCUAUUAAUUAGAGAAUAUUUGCAUUUGUAGUUCAAUAAUAAUAAAUAUUAAAAACAAUGAAAAUUGUGAACAGCGACACUGAAUAUGUUGCUGUAGUGAUACCACAUACAGAAAACUAAGGUUAAACUGAGAUUCUUUGUCAGUUUAGGUGCAAAACUUAUGUAAAACAUGUGCAAAACUAACCUGUAACAGAGUCUGCUUCUGUUGAACUCUUUCACACUCUGGAGUCACUUUGCAUCCAUCUUCUGUUUCAGUGCUUAUCAUGGUCAUGUUACAUCACUGAUUGACAUCAGUCCAUAUAAAUUUAAUCAACUGGGGAAAGAGGCCAAAAAGGAAUUUGUACAUGUGGUAAGUAAUUAUUAUACUGGAUUCUUACUGCCCUUAGCAUAUUUCUAUUCAUUGCAGAUACAAAUGAAAUGCAAAGCUAAACUGCAUAGCAAUACCUCCACAAAAAUCUAUAAAUACUAUUUAGUGAUAUUUUGGUUGGCCUAAUCAAUGUAAGAAGCCUGGGGCGCUUCUUACAAGAUGAAUUGUAUAUGGACAGAGAUAUAUUUUGUCCUGAAAAAUGCAAGAUACCUACAGUAGAAAAAGCAUGUUUUUAAAAAACAAAAGCAAAAAAAAUUGGUAGGUUUCUGUAUCCAAGAAUCUCUUAAGAAAUGGCUCUUAAUUGUCAUGAGGAAUUCAUGGACAAUAAAUCUGACAGUGGCUAGUAAGCAUAGCUCUCUUGCAAGGUUCAGCAUGAGCAGGCCCCAAGAUCUGGAAAUCAGAAACAUCCUGCCUUCUAGAUGCCAAUGCACCCUCCCCUCAUGAUAUGCCUUAAAGGACCCCUGCACACACAGAUCCCUACACACUUUGAAGCCCCUUCAGACUGAUGUCAAUUAGGCUGAUGGACAACAGGGGCAGACUUUAGUAAUAUAGCUCCCUGAGUGAGGACCAUUUUUUGUGCCCCUUCCCCCUUAUUUUCACAAUAAUUCUUUUUGGUGCAGUUUACCCUUAUUUAUCCAUAUAAAUAUAAGUUUUUAAAUUAUUUUGUGCUCCCCCUCAGCCCGGCACCCUUCCAGAUCACGGGGACAAACAGCAGAAGACUGCUCUUCCAAGCAUCUAAUAGGGGGUUGUUGAGAACAGAUAUUGAACUAGAUAUGAGUCAGUGUAUGUUAUUAUGGUCUCACUUCUUUGUCGUUUCUGCCUUCUAUCCCACUUCCUGGAAAGCCAGGGAUACGGAAAACCUGUGGACCUAUACAUUAAAAUACUGGAAAUGUUAAGGUCCUCUUGUGCCUCUGAUGCAUGGUUUCUUAUUAACCUGCUGUGGGAAGAUUUAGAAGAAAAUCGGCAUGUCCUACGUGAGGUGCACACCAGAUAUGGUUUUUAAGGCCAGUUUUGUUCCUGUCGGAGGAGGAGCCAAGGACAGUGCAUUCAAAGAUUUCAAAUCUUCUUUUGCCACUCUUUAGGCUCCUUCACCAGAUAUAUACAGAGGAAAAUAUAGAGACGACCAUCCCGACCCAGGAAGCGCUUAUGCCGAUGAUGUGAAAAAGAUAAUUGAAGAGGCUCAGAAGAAUGGCCGCAAGGUAUGUAAACAACAGAGGAACAUGAAAGCCUGCUCAGAUUGUGUCCUGAAAAAUGCUCAAUUAGGUGAACUUGACUGCUUUAUAUAGUAAUAAUAAUAAUAAAUUUUAUUUAUAUCCCGCCCUCCCCAGCCGAAGCCGGGCUCAGGGCAGCUAACAACAAAGUUCUCUUUGCCUCAAUUCAUUCAUAGAAAAAUAUAGCUGGAAUUUCUUUUGUUUUUACUGGAUUCCUGGAUUUUAAGGUGCCUUCUACCCCCCCUUUAACUUGCAUUCAAAACUCUCACAAGAAAAUAAUAGGUAAGGAUUGAGUAAAGAAGAAGAAAGGAAUAAAUAAAUCUAAACCUCCGUUUCAUACGUAAGAGCAGGCUUAAAGCAUAAAGCUCUAUUUUGAUUGUGCUCUGAAACUGCACAUAGAACUUUUGCUGAAAUUAAUGGGGCUGUAUGUAGCAACAGUUAAAAGGCACAGGAUAUAAUGCACUGCAGUGUACAGCCUCUGUUCCUAAAAUCCCCACCCAGUUUGAGCCCUCAUGCCUAAAGGGGGCUUACGUUUAUUUAUUUUUGCAACAACACAAAAUCAUACAAACUACCAAACAGAUUAACAAGAAGAAAUAUAUAAAAGCCCAGCAGCUUCUCAGAAUUUCUCACGGGGGUGUCCCAGUGCAAAGAGAAGAAAAUCAGUAGGAUCCAGUGGAAUGUUGCACUUUGAGGAUCCAGAGAUAUGAAUUUAAAUGCUAGCUCAUGUGAACAAAAAUUACUCAAAGCAGUUGACAAAAUGGCAAAGUAAGCUGUUGAUUUAAAACAUAGCAUCUUAACACGAGUAAUGAUAUAGGAACUUGCUGACUUUGUUGGUGUGGAGAGAUAUUUCUAGAACUCGCAUGGAGGCUUGUUAUUAUUAGUCACUUCUUUUCCAGAAAGGUGAACUCGAAGGAACUUGCAAAAGCAAACAAUACAAACAAGAAUAAAAACAACCUAAAAUGCCCACCAGUAGUGAUUGGAGCCACUAUUUCCCCAUCACCUUAAAGUCCAAAGGAGCCCACCCAUCUGUCUUUAAUUCCUUAUUGAGAUUUAUAAAAAAGAAACUAACUGAUAGUUUCUAUUUUCCCCCCUUUGUCUGUUUCCUCCCUUCCCCUCGCAUUAUCUUCCUCAUAGGUUCUGGUGCCGUAGACCUCUGCCAGGAGCAGUUGAUAAAGUUUCACAGACUAUGGGGAGCCUCCUACUGUCUGGCUGUAGUAUACCUCUUCGAAUAUAGUGUACGCUUCUUUACACGUUACCACACGACCUUCUUUCCAGGAAGACGGCACUGCUCAAGCUUGCAUGGACCCCUGACUGAUGCUCGGGGAGGGUUGUGCAAGAGUGAGGGAGGCAGUCAGUUAAAUGGCAGAUUUGGGCUGACCCUCCAGGCAGACUUGGGGGAGAACAAAGGCAUAAUGCUGAAUGCAGAAAAUGUAAGCUUCCAGUUCCAGUCUAUCUGAUCUGCUGAUGUUGAUUCCUGAUCCCAAAUAACCUUUUUUGGUUUGUUUGUUUUCAUUCCUAGCUACUGGAAUCACUUCAGCUGUAGGCUCUGUCUUUUUGUCAAAUGCCUCAUCCUGAUUUGCUCUGCAUACGUUUUCCUUCUUCUUCUUCUGAAGCAGGGGUGCCCAAAAUACAGCUCUGCACAUCUUCAAUGCAUUUGUUUGUUUCCCAUUUUGAGCCACAGGAAAGGGGUUAAAUCGGCUAUCACAGAAUGCCAUGUGAAUGAAGCUGAUGGAGGUUCACGAGGUCACAGGGUGAAGCUGAUAUAAAGACUAUAAAGCACCUUUAGUAAUUAAAUUAUUGAAAUGUGGACAAUCAUUAAUAAUAAAUAGAUAAUAAAUAACUCAUCAGAACAGUGAACCCAUCAGAUACUUCCAGUAUCACAUUUGUAUUCUGCAAGAAUAGACCGACUAAAUGAGUUUUUAAAUAAAUGUGCACAGUAAAUUCAAGACUUUGAGCAUUGGGUCAAUAAUGAGCUGUAGAAUUAUGCUGGAUGCUUGCCCUGGCAUUGAAAAAUUGGGCACCUCUGCCAUUUUUGUUGUCGUUACUGUUGCUCACAGCUGUUCAAGAUGCAACAUAGCUAUCCAAACCGCAUAUUCAUUUAUCUCACCUGUUUUCAUAGGGUUCGUGCCUGUAGCUGUUGUUUCAUUUGCAAACGAGUAAGCAGAGGAAUGCUCUUCUUAUAACAUCUUCUCUUACUUAGAUUGCAGCCUUUAUUGCUGAGUCCAUGCAGAGUUGCGGAGGCCAAGUAAUUCCACCUGCAGGCUAUUUCCAGAAAGUGGCAGAGUAUGUAUAGUGCUUGGGAUGGGUUACUUACAGCAGGCUACUUACUAAAAAUCACAGGAAGAGUCUACUUAUUUGGUUCUUUGUGUAGCUUUAAUCUUUGUUCCUGCUACGAUUAUUAUUUUUUAUUUCUGUAAAUAAAUAUUGCCCAGUAACAAGAGAUGCCUUUCUCAAAGUAGCUUUUGGCAAUUCAAUCCAAGGCCAAUAAGUUGGUGGGGUGGUACAUAAGGAAUAUAAGUAUUGCUCAAAGUUCAGUGAUGGCAGACAAAUUGGAUGGCUUUAAAAGAGGACUAGACAGGAUAAGGUUAUUCAUGGCUACUAGCCAGUUAAUGUGUUAUCACAGUCUGCUUAUGGGAUUCCCAUAGGCAACUGGUUGACCCACUGAGAGAACAGGAUUCUGGGCUAGUUGCAAUGAACAGCAUGACUUCUUAUUGCACAGUAGCUCUGAGGUGAUCUGCACAUUAAGAAAAAUCACAUGGUACAUCAUUCCUAGAACUUGAGAAUACAGGAGGCCCUGCGCAUUGUGUGUAUCAGAUCUUUUUAUCCAAUAUUUCUAGACCACACAUAUCCUUCUGUGACUGGACAGAGUGAACUCAGGUCAACUUUAUCCAUCUUCUGGCCAUGCUAUAAAGAGCAUAUGGCCUGAUAAGCACUUUUCUGAAUUCUCAGCUGUAAAUUCCCCUUGCAGGACCAUAAUUGAAGUCUUCAUGUAAACACUCCUACAUGACAGUGACACAUCGCAGUGAGACAUCUGUUCUGUUCCCUUUUUAUUUUCAGUGCUGUCCACAAAGCGGGUGGAGUUUUCAUAGCUGAUGAAGUCCAGGUCGGUUUUGGUCGAGUUGGAAAAAAAUUCUGGGGAUUCCAGCUACAAGGCGAAGACUUUGUGCCUGACAUUGUCACUAUGGGGAAGCCAAUUGGCAAUGGCCAUCCCAUGUCUUGUGUAGUUACCACCAGAGAGAUUGCAGAAGCUUUUGGUGCCUGUGGACUGGAGUACUUCAAUACGGUGAGCUUCUCUUCUAAUAUUAUCAUUUAUAGUUAUAAAUUGGGUAUGAGGAAACUUUGGCUCUCCAGAUGUUGCUGAAUGAUCAUUAGCCCUGGUAAGUUUGGCCAGUGACCAGGGAUGAUGGGACUUGUAGUUCAGCAAUAUUAGGAGGGCCACAUCUGUUAUAGGGGCCUGGCAUGCAUAAUUGCACCAUCAUCGAUUGUUACAGAAAGAAUGUUCAGAGCACCCGGUAAUGACUCAAAUAAUGCUUUUCAGUGAAGCCAGUUCACCCAGUUUAGACAACAGCAUCAGGCAACAUCUGGCCCUGAUCCAUCUCUUAUGUAUGGUGUGAAGUGAAAUAGCACCUGCCUUCUCAAUCCAUUUAGCAGAACUUCAUGCAAUCUGGGCCAAUGUCCUUUGGAUUCUAUGCCCAUAGGUGCAGCAGUGGCCCAGGGGGUGGGGGAGCAGCAGUGACAGAAUGUUACUGUGUAUGUCAGCACUGCCAACCCAGAGUUCCUCUGCCCUCACUGCUGCCCCAACCCCAUCUCAUCUCCACACAGCACUGCUGCAUAGGCAUGAAGUAUUAUUAUCUUUUGAAGACACUGGUGGCACACCAGGAGGGUGGGGAAGACGAGCGUGCUCUCAAUUCCCCAUUAAGCACAAGGUGAUAGGAAAUAUUCAGCCUAGUAAGGUUUGACCAUACGUUGCAAUAUCAUGCAUGCACCAACUGAGUCUCAUACUGAAUAGAUGCUCAGGUUGAACUUCUUAAUGCCUAAAUGAGACUUUGAUUGAAAAUGUACAGCUUCGUCAUGCAAAUAAUAUUGAACACAUGGUCUCUUGUGUGUAUAUGUAAAACCAGUACAUGGUGCUUACUGUUUUAUUUCUUUAAAAGUGGAGCUGGAGCCUUGUUGUUGCUUAGUCGUGUCCGACUCUUCGUGACCCCAUGGACCAGAGCACGCCAGGCACUUCUGUCUUCCACUGCCUCCCGCAGGAGCUGGAGCCUAAGUUAUAGCAAAGCUUUACUCAAUGUAGGAAAGCAGUACAAACCCUGUGGUGUUUUAUUCCCUUCAAACUUUUCAAAAUAGAAACUGCUAAGAAGAAAUAUGACACUCCGUAGCACCACAUAAGGUGCAAGUUAAAAAGAUAGAAGGAAAUUUGCACCCAAUAUUUCUUGUUUGCCUAAGAAAAUAAUCUGAUGCCAAGCCCCGUCUUGCUCAAAACAUUCAUCAAAAUCUUUGGAUGAAAAAAUAAUUGAGGCAGCAAUAACCUGUUUCUUCUUGGUCAUUUCCCCCCCUCAGUUUGGGGGCAACCCAGUGUCCUGUGCAAUUGGACUGGCUGUUUUGGACGUGAUAGAAAAAGAAGAUCUCCAAGGGAAUGCCACACGUGUUGGAAACUAUCUCACUGGACUACUGAAGGAACAAAAAGAAAAGCAUCCACUGGUGGGAGAUGUCAGGUAGGCACAACAGGGUAAACAUAAAAAGUUUUAAGAUCUAGAAGAAUGUAUAAUUAGGGGUGGCCUCUUCAAUCCAAGGACUGCAUUGCCCUCUGAAGACCCAGGAGACACAUUCCAGUGGUGGGUGCAAUCAUACCCACCUCCACCACUGACAACUACUGAAUAACAGAUCAGAUAACUGUUUUGUACAGGAGACCUACCACACUACUUUGCAAAACUAUUUGGAGUUGGGUGCCUUUUGUGCAACACUGAGAUUUGAUUGCUGCACCUCUGAUUCCCUCCCUUUUCUUUAUAUUUUUCAGAGGUGUUGGUUUGUUUGUUGGAGUGGAUCUUGUGAAGGAUCGACAAAAGAGAACGCCUGCCACUGCUGAGGCCCAGCAUAUUAUCUACAAGUAAAUAUAUACUGGCUUGCUUUAGACGUUCUUUUCAUCAGUUUUAACUUUACAACUUCCAGGCUAGACAUUCAAACUGAAGGAGAUGAAAUUCAUAGUCAGGUCAGGGCUGAGUAACUGAAGAUGCCCUCACGAUUUACCCAGAAUCAUAAAACACAGCUUUAAAGGGACUGACUGCGUUAUAACUUCACAUACCUAAAUGCAUUUUGGAGUUUGCAUUCCAAAUUAAAUCUGUGUUCCCUUCUAAUCAGGCUGAAAGAACAGAGGAUUCUUCUGAGUGCUGAUGGACCUUAUCGAAACAUCUUGAAAUUUAAGCCACCCAUGUGCUUCACUAUGGAAGAUGCAAAGUUUGUAGUUGAUCAGAUUGAUGAGAUCCUCACAGGUAAGCAUUCUUGCAUGCCUACCGGUUCCUUUGCAUAUAUGGCCUCCAAUUUUGUUCUAUAGGUAACAGAGGUAGUUAAGAGUGUGGCAGAGAACUGGGGAUGGAGGGAGAAAGGGUGCGGUGGCUGUAGCCUUUCUUAGUGUCUUGGCACAUCUAAAGAUAUAGGAAAGACUUGGCAACUCCAGAUGUCAAAAUCAGACAAGAGCUAGUGGUCAGUGUAAGCUUGUGACCCAUUGCAGAGAUGUCUGAUCAUAGUUGGAGAUGCAACAUUAGAUUAUGUAGAUUGCAGAACCCGGACUGAUUCAGCCAGGAUCAUUUCAGCUCCCAGGUGAACUCUUAGUUGUAAGUUGCGGAUAGGUUGCUUGUUGCUGAAACGUGUCUUAAGUGAAUUCUAAAGAAAUUUAUCUAGUCCCACAAGAAAAUAAGCUAUUAUUUAAAACUACACGAACUUUUUCUUUACACUUUGUGACUUCUGUACCUAAUGAUGGAAAACCUACUCCCCCCCCUCUUGUCCCAGAUUUAGAAGAUUCAACAAUAAACAGGACCAGAGAUGAAUUACCAACAAGUAUACAGAGUAAAAGAAAAGUAAGUUGGAAACCCCAAAAUGACACUGCCAGUCAAUAUAGACAAAAGUAAUCUGUGGGUUAAACCACAGAGCCUAGGACUUGCAGAUCAGAAGGUCGGCAGUUCAAAUCCCCAUGACGGGGUGAGCUCCCGUUGCUCUGUCCCUGCUCCUGCCAACCUAGCAGUUCGAAAGCACGUCGAAGUGCAAGUAGAUAAAUAGGUACGGCUCCGGCGGGAAGGUAAACGGUGUUUCCGUGCGCUGUUCUGGUUCGCCAGAAGUGGCUUAGUCAUGCUGGCCACAUGACCCAGAAGCUGUACGCCGGCUCCCUCAGCCAAUAAAGCGAGAUGAGCGCCGCAACCCCAGAGUCUGUCACGAGUGGACCUAAUGGUCAGGGGUCCCUUUACCUUUACCUUUAAUCUAGAUGGACCAUUGUCCUGGCUCAAUAUAAGACAGCUUUCUAAGUUCCUAUGAGCUGUCUGAAGACUUUCCUGUCUUAUAAAACUUCACCCACGUACUUCAUGUUUAGGGCUUUCUCUCAGUACGCUUUAUGUCAUGCCAUGCUCUCCCCCCCCCUCCCAACACUCAUACAAGCAGCUCAAAACUCACCUAUUCCAUAAACCAUUGGGAUAACCCAUAGUCAUAACUGAAAUAAUGCCUAAAUUACAUGCAUGCAGCUGCAUUUGCUCACAUUAUUCUGUUCUUAUUCUUGGCUUUGCAUACUUCAUCUCUCUGCUGAUUUGCUACACUUGCCUCUCUUCUGUCUCAUGCAAUGUCUAAAAUUUGAUUGUAAACAUCUCAGAUUAGGGACCUGUUUUGUGCUUGGGUCCUGGCCUCAGCUUUUCCACAGGCAUCUGGUUGGCCACUGUGAGAACAGCGUGCUAGAUUAGAUGGGCCAUUAAUUAGCCGAAUCCAGCAAGCCCUUCUAAAUUUGCACCAAUGAAUGCCAAUAACCUAGAGCCACAGGCUUGUAAAAUCUGUGGUUCUGGUCUGUGGUUCUGGCAGUUCCCAUGACAUCAAAUACAUGCUGAUGCCAAUAUCUGCAUAUUCAAUCAAACUGUGCAUUUGUUUUAGAUGCCCCCAGAUGGGAGCUCCCAGCUGGAAUGCAUCAACGAAAGCAUAAGCCAUAUCAAUGGAAGUGCCUGCAGACAAAAAAAUGGAUUUUAUGCUGAAAACAACACAGUGCCUUGCAAAAGGAUCAGGACAUGAAAAGAAAAUUCUAUAAAUAAGAAUCACUAUGUACAGUUGGGUUUGUUUAAGGAUGAAUGGGUGUGUGCAAUAAUUGGUAAGAAUAUUGGCUACUUAUACAUUAUGAUGAAGCAUCCAUUUACUUAUGGUCUAAAUUUGGAGCAUCAUGCUUUGCAGCCAUAGUACCAAGGUAGCGUGGCCUCAUUUGUUUCAGAUGUCUAACUGACUGGGAGUCACUGACUGAUGUGUCUUUGUCCUUUUGGAAUCUCAGUGUUCAGUAUUGAGAUUUGAAUAAUUUCCCCAUGUUUUAAUGGUUUAUUUGUUAUACUGUGCAACUUUCUGGUGGGGCAAUUCAUGCCAAUGCUGAAAUAAAUAUUUUUAUCUUGUAAAUCUCACAUGCAAUCCAACAGAGGACACAUGGAACAACCAAGAGUGUUCCAUGAAAACCUACCAAUCAGCUUCUUAGGCUGCCACACUUACAUGGGAGUAAGUUCAUCCACAUUUACAUGGGAGUAAGUUCCACGGAACUCAGUGCAGCUUGCUUCCUGAAUGUGGGGUUGCACCGUUGGUGGAGAUGGGAGUGAGUCCAAUCCCUCAUUCAAAUGGAUUUCAGAUUAAAAAAAAAAAUUAAAGGGAGCAUACACAGCACCUAUUUCCACACACAAUUUCCCCUUCCAGCUAGGGAUGCACACUGGAGCAAUGUUGUAAUAUUUAAUGACAAAGAUUUUAUAAUAAUUAUUAAUUGUACAGUAUUAACUAUAUUGAAAAUGGAAACUUUAAAGCACUGCUGUAUUUAGACAGUAUGCCUUCUUGGUCUAUAUUUGUCAGUUGUAUCUCUGCUGUUAUCAGUGUUGUUUAUGAACUCUGUUAGGACACCAGUUUGUUUUCCAUUUACUGGAAACUCUUGUUUAUUCCAAAAAAAAUAAAGCUAUUUUUAACCUACA